GAGACAGAGAGUAAGGAAAACGUACAGAAUUGAAAAUAGAUUUUAAAACACGUGAAAUUUUACACAGCUAAACAUGUUUUAUACAUAACAGAAACAGAUAUAAAAAAUAAAAUAAAAAGAUAACAGCUCGUAAACCAAACAGCAGGAGGUAGAUUUUAUUGAAAUAUAAAGAAAGUAAUGUUAAAAAAAUAAUGUGGGUCAGAUUAUUUCCACUAAAUGAAUAAAUAAUUAAUAAAACGUUCAAUUAUAAUGAAAAGAAAGACGAACAAAAAAAAUUUAAUUAAAAUAGUAAAAUAUGUGUGAUUUUAAUUAAGUAUAAUGAGUAAUUUAAAGUGCAAAUGAAAUGUGGCCAAUACUUGAAAUCAAUAAAUUAUUGCAAACAAAUUCAUUGAGUGAAAAUUGUAAAUACUACUACGAAGUGACUAAAAAAGUUAAAAGAAAAUGGCCAGCAGCAAGCAAACAUCCUCAUCAACCCCACCACUACCAACAGCACCUCCUAAGCCGCCCCGCCAACAUAUGCUAUCAGCCGCACCAACAACGAUGACAGAAACUUUUCUUGCUGCAGAAAAUAAGACAAUGAUACCCACGACGAAGACACUGAAGAAGAAAAAACAAUUACAAUUUCAUAGUCCUUUAGUUUGUAGUAAAACAAGGCAAACUCCUGUGACAUUAACCUUUGACAAUAACGAUGAAAAACAAUCAAUAUUGCAUGAUGAGGACGAUGGUAAUGAUGACUCAAUGCACCAAAAGACUCACAAGCAGGCACGGUUACAGCAACUGGAGCUUUAUAAAAACCAUUAUGUUGACAGUGUCAACAAAACGGAAGUAAAAUCACUAUCAUCAUCUGCUAUAUGCAAUGGUCACAAGUCUAAAACGGAAGAAAUUUUAUCAAAUAAUUUGAUAUUAGGAAAAAGUGUCAAAUCACUACAACCCACCUCCUCGUCUACCCCCACCAGCUUCUCAUAUAAACCUGUAAGAAACAAUGUCACAUCAGCAUCUACAUUAAAAACAACUAGAGCAACAGCGAUAUCACCAUCGUUGCCUUGUACCACAACUGCCAACUCAUGCAUGACUACAACACUGGUAACAACAACAACAACGGAUUCCCUAACAUUUGGAAUAAACAAGACGAGAGGUAUGGAAAAUCGUCUAGCCCAUGGCUGUACAAGUUUAAUGUAUGCAUGUCAACAUGGUGACAUUGCAGUGGUUUUAGAACAAAUGCGUUCGAAGCCUGAACGUAUACGUUUACGUGACAGUCAUUACAAGAACGCUUUACAUUAUUGUGCGGCCCAUUCCGGAGACCUCGUGGCUGCUGCUAGUAUUGCCGUCGCAGCUCCAGAAUUACUGGAGUCUGCUGACGAAGAUGGCUUCACACCGCUACACUUGGCUGUUAUUCAGGGCAACUUGGCAAUGGUCAAUUUGCUGCUAGCGAACAAAGCCGAUGUGAAUGCGGUGGAUAAAGAAGGUCAUUCGGUGGUACACUGGGCCACAGUUUGUGGUGAAGUGGGCGCCUUAAGAUCGGUUUUGGCUGCUGGAGCUAAUGUUACUACGCCCGAUAUUAAUGGUGGUUCGCCUUUGCAUUAUGCUGCCCAAAUGUGUGGUGCUAGUUAUGAGGGCAAGUUGAGCCAAACAAAUUCCUCUAAAUUGGCGUUAGAGAUUUUGGGCAUUUUACUAGCUCAUCCUCAAUGUAGUGUAGAUGUUCAGGAUAAAGAUGGUCGACAGCCCUUGUUGUGGGCAGCUUCAGCAGGUUCCGCUAAGGCUGUAAUAGCCUUAGUUAAGGCGGGUGCUAGAGUAGAAAGUGCAGACAAGGAUGGUUUGACGGCUUUGCAUUGUGCUGCUUCUAGGGGUCAUACCGAAUGCAUCGAUACCUUAAUUAGUUUAUGUGGAGCUCCCACUGAUUUAAUCGACUCCAAUGGAUGUACAGCACUACACUAUGCUGUUACUUUGGGCCAUGCCGACGCCACCUCACGUUUGUUAGAUUUUGAAGCUGAUCCCAAUCGCCAGGAUCGUAAAGGACGCACACCUGCCCAUUGUGGUUGUGCUAAGGGUCAAUUUGAAACGGUUAAAUUGUUAAAAGAACGUAAUGCAAAUUUAUGGCUACGCAAUGCCAAAGGAGACCUUCCAUUACAUGAAGCUGCCACUUCGGGUCGACGUGAGUUAGUGGAAUGGUUGUUGGAGCAGAGGCCCAAACAAGUCAAUACGACCAGCAAUGAUGGUCGUUCUAUGCUGCAUAUAGCUGCUCAUAAUGACUACACUGAUAUGUGUAAAAUGUUGCUGGAUUAUGGAGCGGACGUUAAUGCCGUGUACCGCAAUUCCAAGGGUGUUGUUAUAACUCCUUUGGAUUGUUCCUUGCAGAAAGGUCAUCGUUCCACUGCUAAAUUUUUACAGUCUCAUGGAGGCUUACCAGCGGGUAAGCUGCGCUUGGCAGCCCGGCGUUCUAAUCCUUUUACUAAUACUUCUGUUGAAGUUAUAAAACCCUUAAAAUAUGCCGAAAAAGAGGAAAUUCAUGAUUUGACAAAUUCCAAAAAGUAUGUGGUGUAUUUGAAACGUUCCGAUUCGGAAGCGGGUGAAGAUGCCAACUGCAGCUGCACUGAGCAAACGUAUCGAAGAGAGCAGCGUUAUGCCCAUACUUGUCGACGUCAUCAACGACACAAACGUCAUCAUCUGAGAAGACGUACUAGCAGUUGUGGGGAUUCCUUAGAGUUCAAUGAUGAUUGUAACAAUAUCUGUCGUUCUAAAAGCAACAUAGAGAUAAGACGUCGUAAAUCUCGGGAGAGAUACUCCAGCUCUAGUGAAUGGGAGGCUGAGGAUGAUGAAGAAGAUUCUUGUGAGAAUUGUUGCUAUCACAAGCGUAGAAAGCAAAGAGUAAUACAACGAAGAAGAUCAACACCUUCCAAAAAAUCACGAAAUUCUCAAGAUCCCGAUGAUAAGGAUAAAUCGGAAGACAAGGAAGAAUAUAAAAGUUCAUCAAAAUACAGUUCGCAAGAAAAGGAGGACAAAAAAGAAGCGAAUAAGGAAGCGGAACACAAAGCGGAAAAUGUACCUGAUGUAGUUGAUGCAGCCAAAUCAAGGCCAAAUUCCAAAACAAAAAGUCAAGAGUCCUUAACGGAUAAAGAUGCUAUGCCAUCCACUCCCCAAACAGCUAAAGAAGGUACUUUUAUUAAAACGCCACCUGAGACACCACAAACUAGUAAGGAAAGUACAAGUUUAGAGGCUCCAAUAGGAAGUGCCGCGGUGGAAUUGACGGAUGAAGAAGAACAAACGCAAGUGGCAAUAGAGAGUAUACAAGCGGAAGUGCAAGUUCAUCGUGCUGCAGAUGAUAUGGAGUCAAAGGAGCUAGCAGCUAAAACAGAAGCUGAAAAACAAGAUCAAAUCGAAGGUCAGGAAAAUAAAAAGGAAGAGGACGCAAAAGACGAAGAUAUUUCCAAAGAACAAGCUAAAUCCUUAGAAGCAACAAGUUCUUCAACAGAAAAUAAAGAAGAUGAACAUAAUAUAAAGGAUGUAACAAAUGAACAAAAUGAAAGGAACGAAAUUGGAGAAGAGGGCAAGGAGUUGAAGGAAGAAGAGGGAGAUUCUCUUGAUAUAAAGGACAGCAUGGAAACGGUAAUAGAAGUAAAACAAAAAGUCGAGGAAGUAAUAGACACAGACUCUCAAAUAACCAGUGAACCAAAGCAGGAAACUCAUUUAGAUGAUACUAAACAACAAACUAAAGUCGAAACACUUCCAAAAUCUUCCGAAAAUGAUAGAGAAACCAAAACGUUAACAGAAGAAGCCGAAGCAUCUAUAGCUGCUGAAACCAAAUCCACAGAAAUAACUUCCAAAACAAUUACACCGCCUCCAGAAACAUCAGCUACCUCAGUUGAAACAAAACCAAACGAAGAUAAAAUACACACAGACGAAGCCAAACCGAAAGUAGAAAAGAAAGCUAGUAUAAGUCAGGAAAACAUUGAUGCUGCUGCAAAUUCUUCUGAAAAUCAUUCCGAGAAUAUAGCAACUAAAGGUAGCACGCCACAAGCCGAGCGUGAACAGGAGUCAAGACGUUCAUUUACGCUCUUACCUUCAGACUCGGCUGAAGAUGAAAUGGAAAUGGAAUCCGAAGAACCCGAGCGCAAAUCCAGUUUUCAAGUGCUUAAAAGUGAUGAAUCAGUUUUAGAAGUAGAGGAGUCUCCCUCACCACGCGAAGACCAUGAUUUAAGUGACAACACAGUUUUUAAAGUUCUCACAGAACCACUAACCUCACCACUCUAUGAAGUCGACUCCAGUAAAUCCGAGACAAUACUUGGUAGAGCCAGUCAAGAGCUAGAUGAGGAUAUAGAGCAGGAACGUAACUGUAGAAUUGAGGAUGCUGCCACAAGUCCUUAUGAUUAUAGCACUGGACGUAAACGACGUUUAAAGAAACGUGUAAAAAGUGGUGUUAAAACUCGUGGCGGCAGUAAUUGGAAACGUGCAGAAGGGGAGGGUGGAGAAAUGCAGCAAAAUACCAGGGAUCAAGACUCAGGUUUUGAACCAAGUCCACGCACCAUGAAAAGUAAAAUACCAACACCACGUAAUGUAUACACUGCCCAUAUACCGCGUCGUCCCUUAUACACAACUUUAGAUGGACGUUCGUGCAGCAGCCGUCUUGAGAAUCGUAAGCUGGGUGAUAAGGGAGCUUGUGAUAUGUCGGCGGUAACGAGGUCUAUACAACGUAAUAUAAGAAGGUAUUAUAUGGAACGUAAGAUCUUUCAACAUUUGCUGGAAUUAAAGUCACUGCAAAUACGCUCAAAUAAACUCAACGAAGCUGUGUUGGUUAAACGCGCCGUAGAUGAUUAUCAUAAAUCGUGUGCCGCCCUAGGCGGUGAGACAGGCACACGUUUGCGUCGUUAUAAUUUUAGCGAAUAUACUUUUAAAAAUUUCGAAUUGUUCCUUUAUGAAACGCUUAAGGCUCUACAGAAACCGGGCACUUAUAAUUUUCAGAAUAUCAAUGAAGUGUAUGAAGAGGCUGAAAGACGUUUAAGUCCUGAUUAUAAUGCUUACGAAAAGGCGUUGCAGUGUACUACACGAACACAUCGUUGUCUGCAUGCAGCUCAUGCAUAUACUGGAAUACCCUGUGCCGCAUACAUUCCCAUGAUGAAUCAUCACACAAUGCCAAAAUUUGGUUUUGGACCAUAUAAAAAAAACGGUGUGGGUAGUUUUUAUCUACCCAAAAUUCUUACAACUGGCACCGCCUGCAAUGGCAAAGUUGCCCUCGAAUUGUCACACGGCAAGAGUAAACAAUUAAUAUCACUGCCAUCGGAAAAACUCGACAGUAAUAAAAGAUAUUUUGUUACAUUUACUGUUAAGGAGACGGACAAACAGCAACAACAACAUCAAGGUGCCUCAGCAAACGGUUGUGACAACAAAACAACUGCAGCUACCGUCAAUUGUACAUCAGCUUCCGAGGAAAAGUAAUCAAAUAAGAAAAUGAAUUAUAAAAUUGUUAUUGUAUACUUAGAAAUUGUUUAAAAUUAACUAAGUUAAAUUAUUCGAUUAUAGUUUUUCUAUAAGUUUUCUUGAAAAUGAUACAUCGAAAUAGAGCAUAUUGAAUAAAUGUAGAA